CGGAUACGAAUUUUGCUGAUUAAUUGUCCUCGGAGGCAGCGGAGAGAGAGAGAAGAAGCUGAGAGGGGUCUCUGGUACGAACGUCGAUCGAUCGCUCGCUUGGUUGGCCUCGCGCUUGUUCACGUUGAGGAAUAAGAAUUGAGAAAAUGCCGACCACGAGAUUCAAGAAGGGUAAUAAGGUGGAGGUUUGGAACAGGAGGGAGGUUCCUUCCGGCUCUUGGUGGAGUGCCGAAAUCAUAUCUGGUAACGGGCACACAUAUUCAGUGAGGUAUGAUGGGUAUCCAAUAGACAACAGUAUAGCAGUGGACAGAGUGCCAAGAAAAGCCAUUAGGCCACGCCCUCCACCAUUAGAGGACCAGAGGGAGCUGCGGAUUGGUGAUUUUGUUGAGGUAUUUGACAAAAACUCAUGGAAGAUAGCUGAAAUCCGGACGAUUAUUGGUAAUGGUUACUGCUCUAUGAGGCUCCUUGGGUCUUCUAGGAAAUUCCAAUUCCACAAAUCUAACAUAAGGAGACGGCUAUCUUGGCAAGACAACAAGUGGAUGGUAAUUUAUAAGGAUUCUGGAGAAGAAAGUGAUGGACGACUAAGCAGCUCAAUGAGGGGUGGGAGAUCUGUUUGUCAUAUCCCUCAAUCAUGUGAAAAAAUGAAGAAAAGGCCACUUGAUAUGUCUGUUCCAACUGACGCAUGCAAUAUUGGAAGAAAAAAGAUGCUAGCAAUGAAGGUAGACUUCCUUGCUUCAACUGGAAAAAUUCUUGGCGAGAAGUACACAGAUUAUUCCUUAAGCAAGAGAGCUGGUCCUUCCAGAAUUGAAUCAGGAAGGAGUAUGCUACAUUCAGAUAAAGAAAACUAUCUUUUGAAUAGUUCUGUGCGUAGUGAUGCUGAAAGCACUUCAUCGUCUGUGGGUAGUUGUAGUGUUGACAGCAGUCAUGAAGAAAGUUAUAGCCAAUACGAUUAUGUAGAAACUUCCUGUGGUUUUGAAAGAGACUCAGCUUUUUCUAGGAAAGGUGACUUGCAAACAGAAAUUCAUCAGCUUGAGUUGAGUGCAUACAGGUCCACUUUAAAAGCAUUCUAUGCUUCUGGCCCGGGCCAAAGUUGGAGGCUUCUAAACUUUGCUUCCAUAGUCCUGUGAUGAUGGUGGAAUUGUCACGAAUUUGCUCUUCCAUCAGUGGGGCAAGACAUCCAUCUUAUUCUUUAUGGGUAUAUCAGUUUUGGUAUUUCUGUUUCUGUUUGCUCUUAUUUCAGGCUUAUCUUUGCCUGUGAUAAUGCAUGAUGAAAGGAAGCUUAACUGAAAUGCAUACAGGACAUUUCCCAUUGCAUUAAAACUGCUAUUUGAAACCACUUUUAAUAUCGAACACUUGAUCUUUGAUUUAGUUGUUCAUGUGCAAGCAGAAGAAUUGUUGUUAGCAUGCACAAUUAGACACCAGACUUUAAACAUGUGUCUAUUAAUGACACAUUUAUUUAUGCUGCAUAGCAAGUAUAUUUAGCAUGGCAACAGAAACAAACCAAAUGAUCUGGCUUCACAUGGUGAUUUAACACAACAACAACCAAGUCUCUUCCCACUAGGUGGGGUCGGCAAUAGUUUAAUGGAUUCAUUCAUUGAAUAUUUGCUAUAAUUUUAACGCUGGCCGACAACCUAACGCAACCUUCCUCCUUUAUCCGGGCUUGGGACUGACCGGUCGUCAUACGCAGAGUUUCACAUGGUGAUUUAAAGAACCUUUUAUUCAAGGUUGGUACUGGUGGGUUGAUGUUCAUGUCCCUACAAGGGAUACAAAUAGAGGGAAAAUAAUAAGAAGAAAAAUAGGUCUGAUGUGUAGUAUGCAGAGUUGUGGACAGAAAGAAACAUUAUGCUAAGUCAAAUAAAAAUAAAAACUAGGUCUGAUAUGUAUUAUGCAGGGAAGCAAUCUGCCUUGCUGUUGAGUUAUCUCGACUGAAUAGGCAGGUUUAGUGUUGUACCUUCCCCUAUGACCCUCUUAUUUUCUACUAACAACAAAUUUUGAAUUAAAAUUUCAUAAUAUCUGCUAAAAAAUGUAUAACAAACAUCUUAAUUUAUAACAUUCUUUACUAAUAAGAGAAUCUUUACCUGUCUUAUUAAUAGAGGCCUCUCCUAGCGUCUUGCAUUGGAUGUGAACAACUGCUUUUAAGGCAUUCACAUUUGUAGUAGUUCAUCCAAAUGUCGAUUAAUAUAUAUCCCACUUCACAUGUAGAAGUUAACUAGCAUAACUAGAACUGAAGUUAUGGUCGUAAAAACCAUGGAUGAUAUCAAUAACUAUUGCUUGUAUUGGAUCGGUAUUGGAAAAGGGUAAUUGAUCUUUUCUCAGAAAUCAUUUUAUAUGGAUCCAUGGAGAAGUUUAAAGGAAAUAAAGUUACAAAAAAAAAAAGACUUAAAUAUGACAAAUGUAGAUAAAAUUAAUUGAAAGUUUGUCAAAUAAUGAAUGGUAAGGAUGUAAUAGGUUGAAUUUUUUUUGUUAAUUUAAAUUGAUUUUGACAAAUUUGACCAAUCUAACUCAACACUUUCUGAGUCUUAGCCUAUACUAGUGAAGGCAUACAUGAGAAGAGGAUAGUCCCUAUUUUUAUUAUAAAUUCUAGCAUAGAUUGUUAGCCUUCUCACUGCCUAAGAUUUGUUUUGAGACCAAUAGAACAACCUUGUUGCAUGUUGUAUAUUGGAGCAAAGGUGAUAUCGCUCAUCCCAAGCGGCUCAAUAUCGUCAGUUCUACGCCAAGAUACACACAAGUAAAUCACAAGAGGUAUUUUGCCCUAGUGCAACGACCCUUUGCAGCUAGGAGUUUAGACAUCCAACGAGACAUGUUGGGAAUUGAUCCCAACACCUAUUGGAGUAAACACCCAUACAGGUAUGAACCGCACCAAGUCACUAACCCACGGGGGAAAAUGCACUAAAUAGACCAAGUACCUCAUCUCUUCAUUUAGUGUUGAUUGAAAGAAGCCCAUUCUCAAUUAAACCCAAUAAUUUAAUAUUAAACUAUGACGAACCAGUCAUAGUCGGUCCCAAGCUCGGAUAAAGGAGGGUUGCGUUAGGUUGUCAGCCAAUAUUAAAACUAAGACAAAUGUUUAAUGAAUAGAUCCAUUAAACUAUUAUGAUAAUGCUAGGUCAUUCUCGGAACGCGUUGUAGGGUCCGAUUGUAACGUUUUGGCAAUGAUUGUUACAUCUUCAGAACUUGGGUGUAGCGCUAAAUAUGCAAGAGUUUGUGUUGUAGGAGCUAACUGUGAUGUAUCGGCAAUGACUGCUAUAUCUUUAUGAGAACUUGAGUGUUGCUAAAUAGGCAAGACUUUUCACACCAUAAGUUGGAUAAGAACAAAUAUUAUAGGAAAACUAAUAGUCUAAGAUUUGGAAUAUAGAAUAUAGGAAUCCAAAUCAAUGGCGGUAGUAGAUGCGAUGAUUAGGAGAAUAAUUGGUAUUUUGUGUGUACAAGAGAUAAAAUGGUAGACGAGAAGACAAAGAUAAUAGAAAACUCAGAUUUUAAGUUAUGAUAUACAGGAAAGAGUAAAACAAGAAAUGAAGUAGGUAUUGUGGUAUAUAGUUCGUUAAAAGAUGAAGCAGUAGGAGUAGUUAGAAAAAAGGAUAGAAUUAUAACUUUCAAGAUAGGAGUGACAAAAGAAACUAUGAACGUAAUUAGCAUAUAUGCACUUUAAGUAGGAUUAGAUGAAACUAUCAAAUCAAUGUUUUGGGAUGACCUAGAUGAAGUAUUACAAAACAUUUUGCCAAAUGAAAUGAUUUUAAUAGGAGAUAAUCUAAAUGAGCAUGUCAUAGUGAAAAAUAAGAAAUAUGAAAGGGUACAUGGGGGUUAUGAGUUUGGAAAGAAAAAUGAAUUUGCGAUAGCAUAUGACCUUAUGUUAUCUAAUAUAUUUUUUAUGAAAAUAAAAUAACUCUUUGUUACGUUCAAAAGUGGGAAUAAUAAAUCACAAAUUGACUUUUUAUUGUUAAGAAGAGGGAUAUAAAGAUUUGUAAAGAUUGUAAGGUGAGAAAGCUUAACUAUCCAACAUAGGUUAGUAGUGUUGGAUAUACGCCUCAAGCAUAGUAUCAAUAGAAGGAAAAUAUAUACGACUCUUAGAAUUAAGUGGUGAAAGUUAAAUGAUGGAAAACAAAACAUAUUUAAGGAGAUUGUAGGAGUACAAGCAUUAGGUGAAAUAUACGGUGACACUAAUACAAUAUGAGAUAAGAUGAUAUUAAAGUUGAAAAUAGUAGCUAAAAGUGUACUUAGUGAGCCAAGAGGAUAUGCCCCACGAGGUAAAGAAUUCUA